GUAAAAGCCUGGUCCAAACCCAGAAAGCAAAGCGGCGAGAAUUUCCAAAAUCUUUCCUUUUUAUUUCUAUAUACCCUUUAACUUUUAAAAUUUGCGUAGUUUUGACAUUCUUAACAAAAGCUUUUCAAUCUUAACUUUGGAGAAGAGGGUGUAACUGAUAAGAAAUUAAACUACACUAUCUGCCACGACAAUUUCCUAAAAAUCCUUUCUUCUUCAUCUCUUCUCAUUGCUCUUCUUGGUUCUACAUUAACAUAUCACCAUUUGUUUCUCUCUCUUUUUAAUCUCUGGCUUCGUAGCCUCCUCUUCUGCAUUUUUAAACGCUGUAAGCCCUAAAACCCACAUGCUAUCAUGAGUAAUCUGCGCCACCGUGCUGGCUCAGCCAGGCCCAGACACGACCACCAACCCGAAGAAGAGGAGCCUUACAACAUAAUACCUGUCCACAACCUUCUUGCUGACCACCCUUCGCUCCGGUACCCCGAGGUCCGCGCCGCUGCCGCCGCUCUCCGCACCGUCGGAAGCCUCCGCACGCCGCCCUACGUUCAAUGGCUUCCCCACAUGGACCUGCUUGAUUGGCUCGCACUGUUCUUCGGAUUUCAAAAGGACAAUGUCCGAAACCAGCGUGAACACUUGGUUCUUCAUUUGGCCAACGCUCAGAUGCGUUUGACGCCACCUCCGGAUAACAUCGACACGCUGGACGGCGGCGUUUUGAGGAAAUUCCGGCGCAAAUUGUUAAAGAAUUACACUAACUGGUGCUCGUAUUUGGGGAAGAAAUCUAAUAUCUGGAUCUCGGAUCGGAACUCCGACCAACGUCGUGAACUCUUGUAUGUCUCGUUGUAUCUAUUGAUUUGGGGUGAAGCAGCGAAUCUGAGGUUCAUGCCAGAGUGUAUUUGUUAUAUUUUUCACAACAUGGCCAUGGAAUUAAACAAGAUUUUAGAAGAUUAUAUUGACGAGAACACGGGUCAGCCCGUGAUGCCUUCCAUAUCGGGUGAGAACGCUUUUUUGAACUUUGUGGUGAAGCCCAUUUACGAGACGAUAAAGGCUGAAGUGGACAGUAGUGGGAACGGAACAACGCCACAUAGUGCGUGGAGGAAUUACGAUGAUCUUAAUGAGUAUUUUUGGAGUAAGAGGUGUUUUCAGAAGUUGAAAUGGCCAAUUGAUAUUGGGAGUAAUUUUUUUGUGUUGUCGAGUCGGACUAAACACGUCGGGAAAACUGGCUUUGUGGAGAAGCGAUCGUUUUGGAACUUGUUUAGGAGCUUUGACAGGUUGUGGGUGAUGUUGAUAUUGUUUCUUCAAGCAGCGAUUAUUGUGGCUUGGAAGGGGAAGAAUUAUCCGUGGCAAGCGUUGGAGGAAAGAGAAGUGCAGGUUAGUGUUUUAACUGUGUUUAUUACAUGGAGUGGAUUGAGAUUUUUGCAGUCUUUCUUAGAUAUUGGAACGCAGUAUAAACUUGUUUCGAGGGAGACGAUGGGACUUGGUGUAAGGAUGUUGUUAAAGAGUGUUGUUGCAGCUGUGUGGAUUUUGGUUUUUGGAGUGUUUUAUGGGCAGAUUUGGGCACAGAAGAAUCGGGAUAAUAAUUGGUCUUCUCAGGCAAAUAGGCGUAUUUUGAAUUUUCUUCAGGCGGCAGCUGUGUUUGUUUUGCCUGAGUUGCUGGCAAUAGCUUUGUUUAUUCUUCCUUGGGUGAGGAACUUUCUGGAAAGAACGAAUUGGAAGGUCUUUUAUUUGUUAACAUGGUGGUUUCAAAGUAAAAGUUUUGUUGGUCGUGGAUUGAGAGAAGGGCUUGUGGAUAAUCUCAAGUAUAGUUUAUUCUGGAUAGUAGUGUUAGCUACUAAGUUUUCAUUUAGUUACUUCCUGCAGAUCAAACCCUUGAUUGAGCCAACAAAAUUAUUAUUACAACUUAAGGAUGUCAAGUAUGAGUGGUAUCGAGCCUUCCCUGACAGCAACAGGUUGGCUGUUGGGUUAUUGUGGUUGCCUGUAAUUUUGAUAUAUUUGAUGGAUAUUCAGCUUUGGUACUCAAUUUAUUCGUCACUUGUGGGGGCAACAGUGGGGUUGUUUCAGCAUUUGGGUGAGAUUCGAAAUAUACAGCAGCUGAGGCUUAGAUUUCAGUUCUUUGCAAGUGCUAUGCAGUUUAAUCUAAUGCCUGAAGAGCAGCUAUUGAAUGUGAGGGGAACGCUGAGGAGUAAAUUUAAUGAUGCCAUUCAUCGGUUGAAAUUGAGAUACGGCCUUGGGAGACCCUAUAAGAAGCUUGAAUCAAACCAGGUUGAGGCAUACAAAUUUGCCUUGAUAUGGAAUGAGAUAAUUUCCAUUUUCAGGGAAGAGGAUAUCAUUUCUGAUAGGGAGGUUGAACUGUUGGAGCUGCCACAAAAUUCUUGGAAUGUAAGGGUUAUUCGUUGGCCUUGUUUCUUGCUGUGCAAUGAGCUGCUUCUAGCUCUUAGCCAGGCUAAGGAGCUGGUGGAUGCUCCUGACAAGUGGCUUUGGCAUAAGAUUUCUAAGAAUGAAUAUAGGCGUUGUGUUGUGAUAGAAACUUAUGAUAGCCUGAAGCACUUGAUUCUUAAUAUCAUUAAAGUUAACACUCAAGAGCAUUCCAUUAUGACGGUCAUGUUUCAAGAAAUUGAUCACUCCAUUGAGAUUGAGAGGUUCACUAAAACAUUCAAGAUGUCUAUUUUGCCCAAAAUUCAUGCCCAGUUGAUCACACUUGUUGAGCUGUUGAACAAGCCCAAUAAAGACCUUAACAAGGUGGUGAAUUCGCUACAGGCCCUUUAUGAGAUUUUUAUUCGAGAUUUUUUUUUGGAGAAGAGGGGCACUGACCAGCUUGUUGAGGAUGGUUUGGCUCCUAGUAAUCCAGCCUUGCUGUUUGAGAAUGCUGUUCAGUUGCCCGACCCUGAUUACGAGAGCUUCUAUCGUCAGGUUAGGCGCUUAUACACAAUUUUAACAUCUAGGGAUUCAAUGAAUAAUAUUCCUGUUAAUCUUGAAGCAAGGCGCAGAAUAGCCUUUUUUAGCAAUUCACUCUUUAUGAAUAUGCCCCAUGCUCCUCAAGUUGAGAAGAUGAUGUCCUUCAGUGUUCUCACCCCUUACUACAAUGAAGAAGUUCUCUACAGUAAAGAGCAACUACGAACUGAGAAUGAGGAUGGCAUAUCCAUCCUGUACUAUCUGCAGACAAUUUAUCAUGAUGACUGGAAGAAUUUCAUGGAGAGGAUGCGCCGAGAAGGAAUGGUGAAGGAUAAUGAAAUCUGGACAGAGAAGUUGAAAGAUCUGAGGCUUUGGGCAUCGUACAGAGGCCAGACACUUGCUCGCACUGUGAGGGGAAUGAUGUAUUAUUACCGGGCUCUUAAGUUGCUGGCUUUUCUUGAUUCUGCAUCUGAGAUGGACAUUAGAGAAGGGACCCGGGAACUUGGUUCAAUGAGGCGAGAUGCCAGUUUGGAUAGUUUCGGCUCAGCAAGGUCAUCUUCAGUGAAAAGUUUAAGUAGAAAUGGUAGUUCAGUUAGCAUGCUAUUCAAGGGCCAUGAGUAUGGAACCGCCUUGAUGAAAUACACAUAUGUUGUUGCCUGCCAGAUAUAUGGGCAACAAAAGGAGAAGAAAGACCCCCAUGCUGAAGAAAUUUUGCAUCUAAUGCAGAACAAUGAAGCCCUUCGAGUUGCAUAUGUUGAUGAGGUUUCCCCAGGGAGGGGUGAUGAGGAGUAUUAUUCUGUUCUGAUAAAAUAUGAUCAGCAAUUACAGAAGGAAGUUGAAAUCUACAGGGUCAAAUUGCCUGGUCCCUUGAAGCUUGGUGAGGGAAAACCAGAGAACCAAAACCAUGCCCUUAUCUUCACCAGAGGAGAUGCAGUUCAGACUAUUGAUAUGAAUCAGGACAAUUACUUUGAGGAGGCACUUAAAAUGCGGAAUUUGUUGGAAGAAUACAGGCACUACCAUGGUAACAGGAAACCUACCAUCUUGGGCGUUAGGGAGCACAUUUUUACUGGCUCAGUGUCGUCACUUGCUUGGUUUAUGUCAGCUCAGGACACCAGUUUUGUCACCUUGGGUCAGCGUGUCUUGGCAAACCCUUUGAAAAUCCGAAUGCAUUAUGGCCAUCCUGAUGUCUUUGACAGGUUUUGGUUCUUGACACGAGGAGGCCUCAGCAAAGCUUCUAAAGUGAUUAACAUCAGUGAGGACAUUUUUGCUGGCUUUAACUGCACAUUACGAGGUGGCAGUGUUACACACCAUGAAUACAUCCAAGUUGGCAAGGGAAGGGAUGUUGGAUUGAAUCAGAUAUCCAUGUUUGAAGCCAAGAUUGCUAGUGGAAAUGGCGAGCAAGUUCUCAGCAGAGAUGUGUAUAGGUUGGGUCAUAGAUUGGACUUUUUCCGUAUGCUAUCAUUUUUUUACACUACUGUUGGAUUCUUUUUCAACACAAUGUUGGUUGUGGGGACUGUGUAUGCAUUUUUAUGGGGCCGACUUUAUCUGGCUCUUAGUGGUGUUGAAAGUUCUGCUGCAAAUGACAGUGAAACCAAUAAAGCACUUGGUGCCAUCUUGAACCAACAGUUCAUCAUCCAACUUGGUUUGUUUACGGCCCUUCCGAUGAUUGUGGAGAACUCUCUUGAGCAUGGAUUUCUUCAAGCUAUUUGGGAUUUCCUGACUAUGUUGCUUCAGCUUUCAUCUGUUUUUUACGCAUUCUCCAUGGGAACUCGCACUCACUUUUUUGGCCGGACUGUCCUUCAUGGUGGUGCAAAGUAUCGAGCCACUGGACGUGGUUUUGUUGUGCAGCAUAAGGGCUUUGCAGAAAAUUAUCGGCUUUAUGCACGUAGCCACUUUAUAAAGGCUAUUGAGCUUGGAUUGAUUCUUACAGUUUAUGCAGCAUACAGCCCUAUAGCUAAGGACACAUUUAUUUACAUAGCCAUGAGCAUCUCAAGUUGGUUCAUGGUUGUUUCGUGGAUAAUGGCCCCGUUUGUCUUCAAUCCUUCUGGUUUUGAUUGGUUGAAGACUGUAUAUGACUUUGAUGAAUUCAUGAACUGGAUUUGGUUUCAUGGUGGUGUGUUUGCAAAAGCAGAAGAGAGCUGGGAACAAUGGUGGUAUGAGGAACAAGAUCAUCUGAGGACAACUGGUCUCUGGGGAAAGAUACUGGAGAUAAUUUUAGACCUCCGCUUCUUCUUUUUUCAGUACACGCUGGUAUACCAGCUAAAUAUUGCUGCUGGAAGUACCAGUAUUUCUGUUUACUUGCUUUCUUGGAUCUAUGUUGUUGUGGCGUUUGGGAUUUAUGCAGUAAUAUCCUAUGCCCGUGACAAAUAUGCCGCAGAAGAACACAUCUACUACCGACUGGUUCAGUUCCUUCUUGUCAUAAUUGCUAUACUUGUGAUAAUUGCCCUGAUGGAAUUUACAAAGUUCAAGUUUAUAGAUCUUUUCACAAGUCUGUUGGCUUUUAUCCCUACUGGAUGGGGCCUCAUAUUAAUUGCCCAAGUAUUCCGACCCUUUUUACGUUCCACAAGGGCCUGGCAGGCUGUGGUUUCUGUUGCUAGAUUGUAUGAUAUUAUGUUUGGAGUGAUUGUCAUGACCCCUGUGGCAUUUCUAUCGUGGAUGCCUGGAUUCCAGUCUAUGCAGACAAGGAUACUAUUCAAUGAAGCAUUCAGCAGAGGCCUUAGGAUAUUUCAGAUUGUUACUGGAAAAAAAGCUAAGGGUGACAACUAAGUUGAGGUCUGAAAACCGCGUGAGGCAGCAUACUAUAAUACGACUUGAGAGUGAUAGUAUCUCAUUCAUUGAUUUGUGGAGGUUCUUGUGUUGUUUGUAAGGCGAAAUUAUAUCUGGUUCUUUAUUUCUGGUAUCAACUUCCCUUGAGUUUUGUAAUUAGCUGUAUUUCUCAUAUUCUUACUGUUGUUGAUUUGGGAAGCUUUGAUCUUAUUAUGUACUCAACUUCCCCAGAUUUUUCAGGGUACAGUUAAUUGGUUGUGCUUAUACUAAUGAUACCUCAGUGUUCAGUUUGUGGA